AUGGUUGCUCACGAAGGUGGUGGUUGCUGUGGGGGUCAUGAUGACCAUCAUUCUGCGCAUGCAGAAGAAGGUGCCUAUACACCCCAAGUAGAUAAUAGUCCUCCGCAUGCAGAAGGAAGUAAUAUUAAUAUAACUGAAGAUGGAGGAGUAAUUAAACAUGUUCUUGUUGCAGGAACAGGGGAAAGGCCUCCUAAGGGGUAUGAGGUGGAGGUACACUACGUAGGCAAAUUAGAAGAUGGCACACAAUUCGAUUCAUCCAGAGACAGAGACGCAUCAUUUCGUUUUGUGUUGGGGGAAGGACAAGUUAUUAAAGGUUGGGAUUUAGGUGUUGCAACUAUGAGUGUUGGAGAAAAAUCUAUGCUUACAAUUCAACCUUCUUAUGGAUAUGGCGAGGCAGGCGCAGGCGGAUCUAUACCACCUAAUGCAACAUUAAAGUUUGAAGUAGAAUUAUUAAGUUUUCGUCCAAAGCCAAAAGCUCGAUGGGCAAUGUCUGUAGAGGAGAAGAUUCAAUCAGCAUUAGAUGAGAAAGAAAAAGGGAAUAAUUAUUAUAAAAAAAAAAAUAUAAAUGAGGCAUUAGCUGCAUAUAAGGAGGGUUUAUCUUAUCUAGAUCAUGCAGAUCAAUGGACAGAACAACAACAAAUACAUAAAAAUUCUGUUGAAGUUUCCUUAAGACUUAAUCUAUCCAAUUGCUACCUUAAGACAGGAGAAUUUGCACAAGCUAUUGAUGAAGCAUCUGCUGCAAUUAAGCUUGAUGAGAAAAAUAGCAAGGCAUGGUAUAGACGUGGCGUAGCUCGUGCAGCCUUUGGUUUCCUUGACGAAGCAAGAAAUGAUUUAACGGCUGCUGCUCGUCUUGAUCCAAGAAAUGUUGAAAUCCGAAAUGAGCUUAAAAAGUGCAAGGAAAAACUCGAGGAAGUUCGCAAGAAAGAAAAGAGCACAUUUGGCGCUAUCUUCAGCAAAGUUGCCCUCUAUGACGAGAAGGCAGGAGUACGUAACCUUGAUCGUUGCCCUCGCGUCUUUAUGGAUAUUCGUGUUGGUGAUAAGCCAGCCAAGCGUCUCGUCAUUGCCUUAUACCAAGAUACGGUGCCUCGUACAGUAGAGAACUUCAGGUCUCUUUGUGUUGAUGAAGCUUUUGUAGAUAAACACAUGCAUAGAGGACAAUUAUCCAUGGCUAAUGCAGGACCAAACACUAAUAGUUCUCAAUUCUUUAUUACUUUUGGUCCUGCCUCUCAUCUUGAUGGGUAA